UCCAGCGCUGCAGCUUUGAAGCUCAAAAGAACAGUGACUUCAGUCAGCGACGCGUCUGCGACACCGAGGCUAUCGCGAUGUUCCUGGUGAACUGGUUCUUCGACGUGUUGGGCUACCUGGGCCUCAGCAACAAGAACGCGAAGAUCUUGUUCUUGGGACUUGACAAUGCUGGCAAGACCACCCUUCUCCACAUGUUGAAGGAUGACAGGAUCGCCACCCACGUUCCUACGCUUCAUCCUCACUCGGAGGAGCUGAUGAUCAAGAACAUCCGCUUCCGCACCUAUGACCUGGGUGGCCACGAGACCGCGCGUCGGAUCUGGAAGGACUACUUCGCCACCGUCGAUGGAAUCAUCUUCUUGGUGGAUGCCGCAGACCGCACGCGCUUUCAGGAAGCCAAUGAGGAGUUGAACGGCCUUCUGAACGAGCAGGCCCUGGCCAACGUGCCUUUCGUGGUGCUGGGCAACAAGAUCGACAUCCCUACAGCUGCGUCGGAGGAUGAGCUGCGAAAUGCACUCGGGCUCUUCAGCCACAUGACCUACGGUCGCGAUGCGAAGAAGGGUGAUAGCAGCGUUCGACCAGUCGAGCUCUUCAUGGUGAGUGUCGUGAAGCGCAUGGGCUACGCAGAAGCCUUCCAGUGGCUCUCGAGCUUCUUGAAGUGAGGCUCGCCUCUGAGUGGCAGAAAUUUCUGGGUUGAGGUGCCGUCCAAGGGGAAAGGCACGUCAGUCUCCAAGUCUUGGAGCUUGCCGUGGGGAUCAUUGCUG